GACUUGCGUGGCUGAAUAAAUGUCGUUAAUGUGCCUUGUAUGUAUGUAGUAUCCUGCAGGGUUAAUAUGAACAUGAAAGAGCAUGCAGAUCAGUUUGGUCACAUCUUCUAUUUAAUAUCUUUUUAAUUAUUUUGAUAAAUAAACCGAUACGCAUGCGCUUCCAUCCAUGAAGCUGCAAGGUUGACUUGCAGGCCCAGGAAAUUAAAGGGUGCUAUUUCACAGCUGCACAGCCUAUGCUGCACAGCCGCAUUGUAAAGCGCAACCAAUCGUUUGAAUAUCCGGAUGCGGUUCGUUCCGUUCCGCAAAACGUUUAUAAAGUGCUUAUUCUCGAUCCUUUCGCGAGCUAAUGAGCUAUAGCCGUGAAUGCCCUAUUGAUCACACUUUAGCCGAAUAAUUUCCUCAUCGCUUUGCUCAGUAUGGAGACGGACGAUCCCAAUUCUCAACUAUUCUGGUCUGAACUUCGAGCUGGGUCGGAUGCAGAAGGAUUUGCCCCAAAAGAAAAACGUUUCAUUGUCGCCAUUGAUUUCGGAACAACUUUUUCUUCUGUAUCGUUUCUUGCAUUACCGAGGGAUGCUAAAUCGAGCGACCUGUCAAAUGCCUAUAUUUACUUGAAUAAGAUCCAGACUAUUAUCAACUAUUCAGGAGAACCAAUGCGUUCUGGAUAUCUGCCAAGGAGAAAAGAAGUACCUACUGAAAUUUGGUACCCGAAGAAAGCGUAUCUGGAUCCGUUGCUUCUGAGGUCGAGAGCUAGACCGAUCGAUGUCAUAAAUAUAGAUGAUUCUGACGACGAACAACAACAGAACAGAGGAGAAGACCUGAACGAAGAUUUGGAUAUGGAACUCGAUGAAGACGAUGAAGAGGAUAACGGUACUCUUUGGGGCUAUCAGAUCCAACGAAAACUAGAGUUUGCCGAUUCAAAUCGCAACCAAAAUAGAUGUAUGGCAAGGUUCAAAUUACUCCUGGAUGAGAGCGAUCUUACACAGAAAAUUAGAGAAGAUCUCGAACCUUACUGCCAAGAAUUGAAAAGGGAUAGGAUUAUCAAAGAGAAAGAAGAUAUUAUUGCAGACUACCUUCAUUACCUUUUUGUCCAUACUAAAAAUGAGCUUAUCAAACACCAUGAGUUCACGGAAACUAGCCCCGUAGAGUUUGUGCUCUGCGUACCUCCAAUAUGGACGCCAAAGGCUAGCAGAAUAAUGCAAAAGAAUAUGGAAAGAGCCAUGCGCGAGUCUGGACUGGGAAGGGUGGAGAAUGAUAGUGUGGAUAAUUUAUUUAUCGUCUCCGAGCCCGAAGCUGCGGCAGCUUAUAUGCUUGCAAGCGAGAGUACUUCAGUGAUAGUAAGUUGUAUGUUCCUCGCCAUUUUCAACAUCGAUAACAUUUACAUCCACAGACCGGAGAGACAUUCGUUCUCAUUGAUGCUGGUGGUGGUACUGUCGAUACCAUAACCUACACCAUUGGCGAAACUUACCCUCUGAAAUUAAAGGCGGAGGGUGUCGAAGCUGGAGGCGAUCUCUGUGGCUCCAGCUAUUUGAAUGAGGCACUCCGGGAACAUCUAAGUGCCAGACUUCGAGGCGAAGAUUAUCUUGAAGUCAAUCGCUCCACAAUUGAAGGCAUUAUAGAUAAGUUGUUAGUCAAGUUUGAAAAUGAUGUGAAAAGAAACAUCGAUGUGGCGGCAGACAGCGUUCCAACUGUAUGGAUUGAUAUACCUGGUCUAAGAGCAAACAAAAACCCGGACAAGAGAUUUCUCAACAAUCGACUGAAGAUGGGAUGUGCUGACCUAAAGAAAAUCUUCGACCCGCUUUUGGAGAGAGUUUCAGUCUUGAUGAAAACCCAAUUAGAUGGCGCGAAAGAGAAAGGGUUAACCGUAAAGAAAGUGAUCCUCAUUGGAGGCUUUGGGGAAUCUCCUUCUCUUCGAACCUACCUAAAAAGACAACUCGCGGCAAUACGCAACUACCAUAACGAUGAAAUUAAACUAGUUUUCCCAUUAGCUCCAAGCGAGACCACUGUUUCCUCGGGGGCAGUACUUCGGGCUUUGAAUAAAAAAGGCGGCCCACAGCGUAUCAGCCGCUCUAGCUAUGGAUUCUUGUGCACCGAAGAACAUGAACCUGAUGAAUUCCCUGCUCAUAGAGGGGUACGCCCAUAUUUUGAGCCUUUAGAUGGCAGGAAAUACCUGAAAUAUACCAUCUACUGGCUCAUCAACAAGGGCGAAGAGAUUCCCACAGAUAAAGAGUAUUCCUUACAGGUAUUUUAUAUAUUUGACGCAAGAGAGGGCACACGAUUUGAGUGCAAAGAGUACCUCUGUGUUUCCGACAAUAAAAUGGAAUCUCACUACCGAAAAAACCAUGAGAAAAACAAAGGAGCAACAGUUAUCGGUAUCAUUGAAACAGAUAUGACUUUUCUAAAGGAGCAAAAUCUUAUCCAACCAGUAGAGCCAGAGGAAGGCGUAAGAGCAAAGAGACACUACAAAGUUGAAUAUGAACUUGUUAUGAUAGUGAACGAUCGCAACAUGAGAUGGGAAGCACGAUAUCCUGCUGGAGGGGAAGUACAGGGCAGAGGACAAAUUUCUAUUGCAGCAGCAUUUGUCCCUGGCACGAAGUAAUGUGGAAAAUUGCCCGCAGAAAUGAUACCAAGAAAUGGCAUAAUGAAAGUAACUAUUGGCUUCUUAGUUAUAUGAUAUGGAUUGGAAUAAUGAUAUGAAUGAGGA